AUGCUGCCAUCACCCAAUUCCGAUCCAAAUCCCAAUCACAGUCAAUUCGUAGAACACGUUGUGCUCUUCAAAGUGAAGCCCGAUGCUGACCCUCCUGCAGUCAACGCCAUGUUCAGCAACCUCAACGGAUUGAACUCCCUCGAUCCGGUGCUCCACCUCAAGGCCGGUCCAAUCGCCCGCACUCGAUCCUCCCCUCUCUAUUUCACCCACAUGCUCCACUCCCGUUACAGAAACAAAACCGACUUGAGAUCCUACGCCGACCACCCGGCCCACAUUAGGGUCGUGACGAGCUACGGCAGGGCAAUAGUCGACGACAUCAUGGCCGUCGAUUGGUUGUCUGAUGACGUCACUGGUUCAAUUAUCGUCCCUACCGGAUCGGCGAUGCGGGUCACGUUUUUGAAACUGAAGGAAGGCGUUGAAGAAAGUGGUAAAAACGAGAUACUGGGAAUGGUGAAGAGGAUUAAAGAGCAGUUUCCAUCAAUUAAGCAAUUGACUGUUGGUGAGAACUUCUCCCCAGGAAGGGACAAGGGUUUUUCAAUUGGUUCAAUCGCAGUUUUCGCGGGAAUGACUGAUUUGGAAGAUUUGGAUUUGGAAUCGGGGCUGGCGAAUGAGCAGAAGGAAUUUCUCGACGGCACCUUGGUGUUGGAUUUUGUCGUGCCAUCGGUCUAG